CGGAUCCGUGGAACUCUCGGCAGUCCUCAUUGUGUUGUGCAGGAAUCGCACUGCUCUCUCCUCCAUCUCUCCUCCUUCUGCCAUGAAGAUGUCGCCUCCGGCUUGGGUGAUUCUUGCUCUGGGAUACUUUGUGGCUCUUUGCUGUAAGAAUGCCUUUGGAGUGACGGUGACAUCGGACAAUACUGAUGUAAAGGUCAUUGAGUUUGGAGAGGUGAUUCUCUCUUGUAAAUACAGACUGGAAAAGGAGCAAACUGUGAGGUUGGAAUGGAAGAAAGUGAGCUAUAAUGGCGAUAUCUCCUUCGUCUACUUUAAUAAAUCACUGGCUGGUAAUUUGCAGACGCGAGCAGAGAUGAUGGAUUCCAGUAUCAGGAUUAGAAACGUAACCAGAUCCGAUUCUGGAAAGUAUCGCUGUGAAGUUAGCGCUCCUCAAGACAAGAAAAACUUUCAGGAAAUUUUAAUAGAGUUAAAUAUUUUAGUGGCACCAAGCGUACCCGUGUGUGAUAUUCCCAGCUCAGCAAUGAGCGGCACUGUGGUGGAACUAAAAUGUAAAGAAAGCGAAGGCUACCCAGCUUCACAAUACAAGUGGUAUAAGAACGGAGUGCUCUUGGAUCAUCCAGGCCCGAAUUCCAAGGCUGCAAAUAUAUCCUAUAGAGUGAACGAAAAGACUGGAACUCUGCAAUUCAAUACCGUCACAAAAGACGACUCCGGAGAGUACUACUGCGAAGCCAACAACAGCAUCGGAAAGGCACAGAGGUGCAUUGCCAAGAAAAUGCAAGUGGAUGACUUGAACAUCCCCGGGAUCAUUGCAGCCACGGUUAUCGUUGCUCUUGUUAUAUUGCUUUGUGGAUGCGGGGUGUUCUUUGCACACAAGAGAGGCUACUUUUCGAGAGGAAAGCCAUCAGAGAAAGAAAGAUCCGAUAAGUAUACAUCCAAAAGUGAAAGUGACUUCAAGCACACAAAGUCUUUUGUCAUAUGAACACACAGGCGAGGUGGCCAUUUUAACCACUUCCUAUGCAUUUCGCUUUCAUGAAUAACAGACUUGAAAACAGAUGUCUAUUUUUACAUGAGAUUAAACCAAUGAUAUCGUGAAGAAAAUAUCAAUUAG